CCUCACGAAACACGAAAACGUCGACGCGCGACAACCUCGACGAAUCCAACACCGUGGCCCCGUCGUCUACCCCCCUGACGUCGUCCAUUCGACGCCGUUCGCGGAAAAAAUCCGCCCAUGACACCGCCGCUGAACAACGCGACGACGACCCGCGGGAUCGCCGAUCCUCCUCCAUGCCCGAAAGCAGCGAGUACAGCGGACAGUCGAGCUCGUACGAAAAGACCUCCAGGAGUCAGGCGGCAGAUAACGAGCACGACGAACACGCCAAAAGGGGCCAGUUCACUAGGAGUCUUAGCAACACCGAUGCGCCGCAGGACGAGAAAGUUGACGGUAGUUUGAGCGAUACGGCGAUCGGUCUGAACGUUGAAGACUCCUCGAGGAGGGGUCGUAAGAGUUCUCCCGGGAGUAAAAGCGGAAGCGGAAGUAGUAGCGGUGGCGGAAGCGCGGUGCAGUAUCAGUCAGGUCUGGGGAAGAAGAGUAACAGCACCAGUCAACUGUCCGCCACAGGUAACACAUCGUCACACUAGCCGUUUCUGCUAAUUCCAUGACUAAUCGUUUCGUACGGUACAUUGUUCGCAAAAUUCAAUAAUUCGAUCAUUCAGUUCUAUCGAUAAUUCAGUAACUCUAUCACAUUGUUCUUGCGCGAUUAUUAGACUACCUUCUCUAUUUCUUCUUUCUGUCCGAAGCAUCUAGUCAGUCUCUUUGUAAAAUACCGAUAGUUCAUCGAGUUCUAGCGUAGCACUAGCUUAGCGUCAUUAGUCAAUAGACACUACGAUGUGCUCUCGCUACUGCGUACCAAAUUGGACUUGAAUUUUGAAAGCAGUGAGCUUAUUAACGUGACUGAUGUCUGAGACUUUGUUAAUAGAAUGACUGAUAACAGAAACGGAGAAAUUAGGAUUGAUAUUGGACUAAUACAAGGAAAUAGAACUUGAAGAUGGAGAAGAACUUAUUUUCACAACGAGUGUUAAUGUACUACAUGUAUGCGUCAGAAUAAUAAAAAAAUACAGUUAUAGAAUUUUGAAGAAAGAUAAGAUGCAGCAGAAAUAUCGAGGGUACACCGUAGAACAGUGAUGGGCUGCACCUGCAAGGGGCACGAAGCAAGU